CUCCUCCUCCUCCUCUCGUUGAGUCCGCAACAUCCUGACUGGCCGAGGCUGGUGAUCGCAGGCAGCAGCAAAGCCCCUACAAGACGGAUGAAUUAGACCAAAAAAAAACUGCUGCAACCACCCCUGUUUCUUUUAUUAUACUGAAGAGUCUGGCUGUAAACACUGCCGCCCUCUUUGUGACAGUGUGAAGCGGAUACCAGGCUACCGGUGUGCGGAUUCACCAUGGGGAUCAAGGCUGCCCUCCCCAGAUAUGAGCUGUAUCUGUACACAGCUGUACUCGGCGUGGCCUUGAUAUGGGCAGGCAGUUGGAUAUUUGACGCUUCGAGCGAGAAUAUAAACAGAAAGGCUUUCAAAGAAAGUGUGAAACCAGGAUGGCAUUACUUUGGCAGGAAAAUGGAUGUGGCGGACUUUGAAUGGAUGAUGUGGUUCUCUACAUUCCGCAAUCAUAUCCUUUUCGCUCUCAUCGGUCAUGUGAUCUUUGCCAAGAUAUUCACCCUGAUAGCUCCAAAGAUUGAUAUAGAUGGAUGUAAGCACAGAUCCUUGAUAUUUGGUGUGUAUGGUGGUUUGGCAGUCCUGGUGACGAUGGGCUGGACCUUCAUGGCUCUGGUUCUGUCUCACUGCAUCAUCCUCUACAGUGUUGCUCUGGUCAAGAGGAAAUGGUUGUGCUUGGGAGCCGGCCUCACCACACUGGCCUCCAUCAAGUUGGAGCCUUAUAACUCCUUUCAGGAAACCUUGGUGACUGGUUCCUUUGACCUGCAAGACAUCCUGUUCUAUGGAGGCUGCGGCUUCAGCAUCAUGCGCUGUAUGAGCUUUGCUUUAGAGAACUGCGAUAAGAAGGAUGGCAGCUACACGUUCUGCGACCUCCUGAAAUACAACUUCUACCUCCCCUUCUUCUUCUUCGGACCCAUCAUGACCUUCGACAGGUAUCAUGCCCAGGCCAACAACACCCAGCUGACCCGCAAAGACAGGGAGAUGUGGAACAUCACCACCAAGGCUGUGUUGCACCUGGGAGUUAUUCUGGUGGUGGACGUCUUCUUCCACUAUCUUUACAUCCUGACCAUCCCCAACGACAUGAAGCUGGUCACCAAGCUGUCUGACUGGUGUCUGGCUGGCCUGGCUUAUUCCAACUUGGUGUAUGACUGGGUGAAAGCGGCUGCGAUGUUUGGUGUCAUCAACACUGUGGCUACACUGGACCACCUGGACCCUCCUCAGCCCCCGAAGUGUCUGACCAUGCUCUAUGUCUUCAGUGAGACGCACUUUGACAGAGGCAUCAACGACUGGCUGUGCAAGUAUGUUUAUGACUACAUUGGUGGGGAUCAUAACAAAAUCUUCAAAGAACUCUUAGCAACCUUCUGCACCUUCGCUAUCACCACCUUGUGGCUGGGUCCAUGUCAGCUGGUUUACAUCUGGUCCUUUUUCAACUGCUUUGGCCUCAACUUUGAGCUGUGGGUCGCCAAGCUCUUCUCCCUUCCACCAUUUUCUACCAUUGAGGGUAUUAUGGGUGAGGCUAUGUCACGCAGGAUCCGUGGUGUGUUCAACGCUGCCAACUUCUGGACCAUCAUCCUCUACAACAUUCUCUCCCUCAACAGUUUGGAGUUUGCCAAACUGGUGGGCAGGAGACUGAUUUUCAAAGGUUUCCCUCUGUCCACCGUCUCUGUGUUGCUUGUGACCUACUGCGGCGUGCAGCUGGUGAAGGAGAGGGAGCGACAGCAGGCCCUGCAGGACGAAGCCGAGGUGGCAAAGGCAGUCAAUGGCGUCAAAGAGAAAGCAGAGUAGACGGACGAGAGAACCCAGAGUUUCACAGACUUGGUCAACAGCCCCCUCACAUUCUUCCAUCCUUGGCCUUGUGUACUGUAACUUAAACAGACAGUAACAGCCGGUCAGCACCUACUUUGGUCACAAGCGUGCGUUUCAUGCUUUAGUUCGUCAGAAGAGAGGCAAAGUUUCUAACUGUGAAAUAUCUUAUAAGUGCACUUGCUGUAGAUAGUCGUCACGUCCUCUGGCACAAACCCACCAAAGGUGCAUUUUGCAUUUUAUCCAAACAAAGGAUUGUUGAGCAAAUGACAGGCCUUUUUUCUCAAAUUUAGACAUCAUUCUUUUUUUUUAAAUCCUCUUCAACAUGAUUAUUUUUAGUCAGAUGGUUUCUCAGUUUUCCAUUAGAUCCCUUAGAUCCUAAUCCUCAUAAUAUUUAACCACACUUAAAGGGUUAAAAACUUGAACAAACUUGACACCCUGGUAUCAUGAAUGAGUGCAAUGCAGAAAAUAAAAGGGUGCUGUGGAGACCAUCCACAUUGUUUGCAGUUGAAUGUAAAGUAUAUUUGCUCUUCUGUCACUAAAGCAAAAAUACAACCACGGUGUGUGGGAUAGUCCAUUUUAACGUUUAGAAUGUAUCAAAGUUCUCACUGCAUUGAAAAAACAAAUGUAGUUCAAAAUUAUCCAGAGAACAACAGUUUACAUAUCAUCUACAGGAGAAUAGAGAGUGUGUGUGUGUGUGACAUGUCAGGAUUUGUAUUCUCACAUGAUCCAGGUCAUCAGUUCACAUAUGAAAGACAACAGGUCCAGCCGGGAACAUGGGUCAGGCUCAUUCUGCCUGUAAUUCAAACUUGCUCAGUGUCCUCAGAGCAGGGGUUCACGGGGAAUGAGUUCAUGCAGAUAGUAAAACCUUUUCUCAUUGUAGGGUUUUUAAUUAAAUAAUGGUUAUUUCAAAUGUUUGACUUGGAAUAAAGUUUUGUUUUUAAUCCAGAA